UGCGGAAGCAGGAGUCGGUGGACAGGCGGUAAUAAAGUGUGUUUAUAUAUAUUUGUAAGAGGAUUAAUCUAUUAUUUAUCCAUCUUUUUUAACAUUAAAGACUGUUUUGAUGACUCUGUAGCGGGAAGAAGACACUGUUUGAAGGAUUUAAAGCAUGCAGUGCGCAGCCUCCUCUCCUCAUGAGCUCCCGCAGACGGGCGGCGAUCGGGCCAAACUCACUCAGCUCCCCGCCAAGGACUCGUCCUCCAUAGACAGCGCCUCUGAGCUGGGCGGCCCCAGAGCGCUGACCUUUGACCUGCUGAACAUGGUGAUCUGCUUCAAGCGGAUGGCCAUCUUCCUGGAGCCCGUCACAGACACGCUGGAGGUGCUGCGGUUCCUGCUCGGGUGGAGGAUGCCGCUGUUCUCCCUGUCGAGCUGCGUUCUGCUCAACAUCCUCUUCCUCACACUGAGUGAAGGCGCGUGGGUCUCUCUGCUGCUGCUGGCGGCCUCUGCUCCGGCUCUGCUGGGAUACCUUGGCAACCGUUGCCAGGGCGCGACCAGCGAGAUGGCGGUUCAGAAGAAGAGACACCAUGCGGUCCAGCGGCGAGACCUGCAGACGGUCCACAUGAGCAAACAGGAGGCCAUGCUGGAGGUCAAGGGCAUGCUGAAAGGGAUAGAAGACGUUUUGACCCAGGCGUGUGUGUGUGCAGAGUCUGUGUAUAAAGUGUUUCACUGGGAGAGCCACGCCGUGUCCUCCAUGUUUUACGGUUCUCUCCUGACUGCUCUUUUCCUGCUGUGUGCGGUCCCGGUGGGUUUGAGUCUGUCUGUGCUCAACAGCGCCCUCUUCCUGUGGAACAGAGAUUUCUGCAGAGUUCUUCUGGAGCUGAAGGAGUUUGUUUUCCCGAGUCGGGUCGACUCCGUGGAGGAAACCGAACCAUGUGACCCAGAUCAGGCGAUCCUGCUGGAGCGCACGCCCACUCCAUCCAGUGUGGAGGAUCUUUCACCCGGCAACAUAGAAGAGGCAGAGGAGGCGGAGCCUGACGAUGAGUUUAAAGACGCUAUAGAGGUGUGGCGUGUACCCUAUUUGCUACCAAAGAUUCGGAGAUGGAGAGUCCGUAAGGAUGACGAGGACGUGUCUUCUGUUGUUCCUGAGUUUGACACCAUCUCUGAUAACGGGUUGUUGAGCAGAAACGAGCCCAUCCGCAGUAAAGUGUCCAAACUUACUGAAAAACUGCGCAAGCGGGUCCCUACCAACGCCACCGGAAACUGUUUCCAGUGCAAUUCAGCGUUUUCUGUUUUAAAGAAAAGGAGGAACUGCAGUAACUGUGGUGCCAGUUGUUGUUCCCGCUGUUGCUCGUAUAAAGUGUUCAAAUCCAGUAUGGGAGCCACAGCUCCCGAAGCCCAAAGAGAGACUGUGUUUGUUUGUUCUAUGUGCAAUACUUUCCUCAGCACCAAGUAGGAUUGGUCAUCAUCCUGAAAAACUCUUCCACCAUUGCAAUCCUGUAAGAGAAACUAGGGGUGGACCACAAGAUGGCGGCUUCAGUGUUUCUUGAUGUUUCUUUCGUUCUAUCUGGAGCAUUUCACAUGGAGAACCAACAUCCUG